AUGAGGUUGAAUUCCAGAGUAGCCCAAGCCUUAGAACUAAAUGGGAAAGUGAUUGAAGAGGUCGACUCUUUCCAAUACCUCGGAAGUAAAGUCACAGCAGACGGAGGAGCAAAGGAAGAUGUUAGGAGCCGCAUUGGGAAAGCUAAUGCAGCAUUUAUUCAGCUUUACACAAUAUGGCGAAAUAGAAAUAUUUCAAUGAAAACCAAAAUCCGCAUCUUCAACACAAACGUCAAGUCUGUCCUUCUAUAUGCCAGUGAAACUUGGAAAAUGGAUCAGCGAAGUACUUCUCAGCUCCAGGUGUUUGUAAACAGGUGUCUCAGACGUAUAAUGAGAGUGUUCUGGCCAAACACUAUAUCAAAUGAACAGCUUUGGGAGGCAACAGGGCAAACCAAGAUCAGCCUAGAAAUCAGAAGACGGAAGUGGAGGUGGCUGAGUCACACUCUUCGGAAGACGGAUGGUGCAAUUGAAAAGAAGGCCCUGGAAUGGAAUCCCCAAGGGACAAGAAAGAGAGGAAGAUCCUGUGACACCUGGAGGAGAACAAUAAUGAAGGAAGCCUCGAGUGUCGGGAAGACCUGGGGUCAACUGAGGGAUCUGGCGCAAGACAGGGAUGGAUGGCGAGCUCUUCUCGAUGCCCUAUGCUCCCGCUAA